AUAGGAGGGUGGACAGUCACUGGGGAGUUGGUGAGACGCCCCUAUGCACUCUGGGAAACCGAGGCGGCAGAAGGGGUCACGUGACCUGCGCACCGAGGCCCAGCAGUCGAGUUUGUGAUGACAAGUCGAGGCCUCGGACUGAAUUAGGAGAGACUCCCCCCGAUCCCUCCUGGCGAACACUUGACGAUGGAGGCCAUGGACCUGGACUUGGACCAGGAGCUCAUGCAGAAAUUCAGCUGCAUGGGCACGACAGACAAGGACAUCCUCAUAUCGGAGUUCCAGCGGCUGCUCGGGUUCCAGCUCAACCCCGCCGGAUGCGCCUUCUUCCUGGACAUGAACAACUGGAAUUUACAGGCAGCCAUUGGAUCCUACUACGACUUUGAGAGUCCGAACAUCAGUGCGCCGUGCAUGUCCUUUGUAAAAGACGUGACGAUUGGUGAGGGCGAGUCUGUCCCGCCAGAGACGCCUUUCACAAAGACCUGGAGAAUACAGAACACUGGUGCAGAGUCAUGGCCUCCUGGUGUUUCCCUUAAAUAUGUCGGAGGUCACCAGUUUGGUCAUGUCAACAUGGCUAUGGUGAAGGCUCUCGUCCCUCAAGAGAUGACGGAUGUCAGUAUACAGAUGCAGAGCCCCGCCUCUCCGGGGAUAUACCAGGGUCAGUGGAGGAUGUGCACGGCUUCUGGACUGUACUUUGGAGAUAUAAUCUGGGUGAUCCUGAGUGUCGAGGUCGGAGGUCUUCUGGGUGUCACUCAGCAGCUUUCCUCUUUCCAAGCCGAGUUCACCACCCAACCCAACCGCAACCUGCAGGGCGACUACAACCCCUUCGCCUCACCAGAGAAAACAAAGUGCCCUAACAGCAACGGCAACAUCCACAGUGACGGCGACCAUAAAGAGCAGCAACACUGGCAGGGGAACCCGGACCAGCGGCAGCCGGAGCUGAACGGACUUUCACACAACUCUGUGGAUUUACUAUCAAACAGCCUGCAAAACAAUCUUUCAGUAGUCACUUGCAACCAGGGUAUACAGGAGCCCUUUCCUUUUGGACAAUCUUAAACUUGGGACUUUUCUGCAACAGGAAUACAAACCAAUGACUUUAUUUCGACGGAACAGCCACAAUCAGAAGAGUGGUUAAAAUUGCAUUAGGUUUUGCCGCAGAUCCAGAGUUCGACCCGCCUGACAUGCAGCUCUACAAACACCCCGCCCCCCUCUGUAUGCACAUGUGAAUGCUAAGUUAAAAUGAGUGCUGAGACUGUGAGUGAUGACUUUUUAUUUUCAGGUCAUGCUGGUUGUUUGAGUGCAGAGAGAAAGUCGCAACAUGAUCUGUGUGUGUGGGUGUGUGUGUUCAGCAUCCUGAGAGAAGAUUGGAGGAGAAGCCAUUUUUGUUGCCAACUGAUUCUGCUCUGACAUUUGACUCACGCACCAGCUCCCACCUCUCGCAAGUAAAGCAUCUAACACUAGGAAUCCUUUUUAGUGUCGAUUGGGUCUUAAAGGUGCAGUGGCACUGUCAACAGCAAGGGGGCGACAAAUACAAAGCGACUCGUCACUCAAGUAUCAGAUCAUUUUUUUACACUUGAUAUAGAAUUUCAUGACGUCAUUCAUGUACAAAAACAAUUAAAAACCCUGAACAGGACUAAGUGGUGGUUAACUGACGAUGUAUGCAUGUAUUGUCACAUCACUAUUGGUGAAAUGUUUCCUGUAAUUAAAGUUCACUUAUACUUCCAGAAGGUAAAAUGAUUAAAUUGUGUUAAAUACAAAAGAAUGUUCACAAUGGUCACAAACAAGUUCACUUUAUUUUAAAUCAUAUUUACCCCAAAGCUCAACCAGUAUUUAUAUUGUUUUAAGCCACACCGGCGACAGAAUAUGAACUUCAUGUUUGAGUUGACUGAAACCAGAUCAGCCCAAAUACAAGUUGUUACUGCAGCUGGCUUCAAGAUGUAUGCGCUGAAUAAGAUCAGCUCACUGACGCUCCACACGCUGGAAAGAACUGUCAUGUCGGCUGUCAUGAUGUAGAAUUGGGAAUAAUGUGCUCAAAAAGCCACAAGAGGUGUGGUCAUUAUUUGGGUCCAUUGUGGUUCAAGGCGUCUAAAGAGCAGCGCCGUGUGGUUCGGAUCAUUCUCUCAAACAAAUGAGCAGACUGUCGGGUGAGUCAGUUGGCUUUAGUCACAACGCAAUAGCUUAUUUUUUCAGAGUAUGAGUGCAAAACAUCUGAACGAUUUGUCCUGUUUGCUUGAUGAAUGUAUGAAUAAAUUAUCAUG